GAUGUGGAGGGCCCUGUAGGGGCCCCAGGGGACUCCUCCAAGUCAAAGGCAGAGCUCGGGGCAUAGCUAGGGGAGAGGGGGCCCGUGCUCACUCCUCUCCCCGGGAGCCCCUAGGAGUGAGGGAGCUAAUGAAGAACAUAGGGAAGGGUGAAGCUGGGGGGUCUUCAGGAGCUGGGGCCCCCAGAUUCUUGGAAUCCAUCCCAUCACCAGACCCCCUUGGCAGAGCUGUGUCCUUGGGUUGUGGUGGCGGUGCUGGCUUGGACCAGCCUGGUUUUCCUGGGGUCUGGGUCAUUGUCCUGCCUACUCUCUCUCAUUCCCUGAACUGUCUGCCUCAUCCUUCAGUGGGAGGGGGGUGGAAAUCCCUGGAUCCAGGAUUAUGACAAUCAUGUAGUCUGUGAAGAAGUACUUUCUUUUGUUUGUCCGGAAUCUACAUUGCUUGUAUUGAGUGCAGAGCUGCAGAAGAACAACUCUUGGAGCAACUUGAAACCUGAGAUAAUGCAGGAUUCUGGAGCCUUCUAUAAAAGGAGGCAGCAAAAGCCCUGAUGGUUGCUGAAGGAGGAGCAAUCACCAACCAGGAUGUUGCUGAUUAUCUGUUCAGCAAUGAUGCUUCUCAUCCUGAUACAAAAAGAAUACACCAAAGCUUAGAUUAUCUCGAAGACAGAAUUGCAGUUUUUCAUUCUAAUUAUCUCAGUGCAAGUGCCAGGUCUAAAAUGAAGGGCACGGUGCCGUUAGGUCAUUUCCUGCUGCCACCUGCCUGCUUGCAACAAGAUAUUAGGAAGAAAAUUGGUAGCUUUAUGUGGGAGCAGAUAAACAGUCCUUUGAAGCCCCUGCCCAGGCAAUCUUCUGAACUAAACUGUUACAGAGAGGAAGAAGAGCUAAAGGCCAAGAGAGAGCUGGACAGAAGCUAUUGCAAUGAAGACCAUCAUGCCCCAGGGAUACCAGAAAGAGGGAAACGGGCAUAUAUUCCACUUCAAGAUUAUCCAGCAAGCAACAUGGUGACAGGUUAUGCCUCUGCAAAAGAGAUGAAGAAAUAUCUUGGGGAGAUGAGAGAUUUCAUUCCUGGCUGCUGUGGUUACUUGGCAUACUGGAUUCAGAAUGAAAUGGCAGUGUUUUCCGAUGUGAAAACAAAACUGAAACGCAAGUUAUAAAGAACAUUUCACCACUGAUGAGAGCAUUCCUUGCUUCUGAGCAAUCUUACUUCUGGGCCUUCCUUAUUCUCUCAGAUGAAUUUUACUCUGAAUUUUGCCAGUGGCAGAGCUGCCAGCUGUAAAAGGUUUUGCACAGCUCUUUCUAUAUGCAAAAUAAGUCUGAUUGAUAGAUAAUGUUUCCUAUGUAUGUUAUAAUUCUAAUUGUUAAAAAACAUUUGUACUUUUCAAGAACAAAUAUGCUUCAGAAAAUGAUAGAUUUCUGUUUUAAAACUGGAAGUUUGAAUUUUGGAACUGUUAGGGUCUGGCAGUGUAUGAGCUGGACAGCGUUGGACUACAACUCCCAUCAUUCACAGCCACAGUGGCUUAAAACCAUUGUGGCUGGAGGUGAUGGGAGUUGUAGUCCAAUAACAUCUGGGAACCAAAGGAUGAGAACCCCUGGUGUAGUCAAGUAGAUCAGAGGCCAGUUUCCAUUAUGAGCAGACAAGAAUGCAAAGGCGCAGAGGCUGGUGUUCAGAUUCUGGAGUUAUUUUGAUUUGUUGGAAGAUAGAGAGCGGUAGGAAACACUUGAAGGCGUCUCUCACAGCAGAUCCUUCUUUCCCAGCUGGCUGUUUUCAGGGGGGAGUCUGAAAUGCUCUGUUUGAUGUCUUUAUUCACUUGGCCAGGGAACGCAUGGCAGGGGGCUAGAUUUCACCCACGCUUCCUGCUCUCAGUCUCCAUGUGUUCAUCUGAUCUCCUGAGAAGAACCCCACAUGCAUACAAAUUGUACAUGCAUUGGCUCCAUUUAGAAGAUCAAAUGAAAUUUGAGAGCAGGGUCAGCAGGUGUGAUCCCAGUGUAGGGAUGUGUACAGAAUUUGCCUGAAUUUGAUCCGGAUUUGAAUGGAUUCAGUUUGGAACUAUUGAAAAGAGUGGAGAUUCGUACGAAUCAAUUCAAAUUUGAUUAAAAUCCAAGUCGAAUUUGCCCAGAUUUUGUGCACAUCCCUUUCCGGUCCUCCUCUUCCAGGCAUUCAUUGGUUGUGUGAACAGGGCUGUUCUCAUGUGUACUAGUGGCCUCCAUCCACAUAUCCUCAUGCACAUACAUGUUGCUAUAUGUGAGAAUGCUAUGCGUUUGGUUACCAAAAAGACAGUCGGGGAGCUUGGAAAAUAGAAUAUGUUUCGAGGCAUGGCUCUUGUUACUAUUUGUUAAACUUUAGCUCCCUCUGCUGGGCACUGGAGGGGGGGAGGCAUUUGUGGUGAUUCUAUGCAUGAAAUCAAAUGAAAGAUUUUCAUUUCAUCCCACUUCAUUGAGAGCUUUUAAAAACGUCGCUUUCAAAAUGUCCAUGUAUUUUCCUUCCUGUCAGAUGUUCCAUUAAAUUACUUGUGGUUCA